UUAAAAUUAAAACAAGAGAAACCUGUCUCAAUAUUGAAUUCAGCUUUGAGCAAAUUUAGUAAAAAAAAAUGGCCUUCACAAGCUCUUUGGCCCGGAUGGUGUUAUUCAUGGCUCUGGUUGGGAUUGCAUUUGGAGUGAAGGAUCUGAAGGAGCAGCAGGUGUAUGUGUUUAGAAAACCCUGCAAGAUGGAUUUUUCAUCUGUGGACUUUUCAGCUGUGACUAAGGUGUGCAAGGCCCCUGAUUACAAUGAAAAAGAAUGUUGUGAAGCUUUUAACCAGGUGGCCUGCAAAUAUGUGAAACAUGUGAAUGAUCACUCAACCAGUUGUCCAGUAGAAUUUGUUUCUUACCUCCACUUGGCAGGAAUGUAUCCAAUGGGGGUUUUUGUGGGCCGUUGUACUAAGCCUGGAGAUUAUCGCCUCUGCUCCCAAUCAGACUAAAUCUUCAACCAGACUUCAUUAUAACCUGAUUUCAACAGAACGUUUGCUACAAGGAUUGAUGAAUGUUAUUUCUAUGUAAUACCAUGGUAUAGAAUACUCCGAAUGAAAUAUAAAUAUAAAUAUAUUGUUAUAUGAAAA